UUUAAAUAUCUAUCUAGUUUUCACUAAGAAUCUGUAGUAUAUAAAGCAGUACAGACAGAAUUAUAGCCAGUUAAGGUACCGCAAUGAAAACAUUUUUGUUCAUAAUCGUCCUUGUGGCUGCUGUUUCAGCUAAGCCGUCCUCACAACGCUUAAAUCUGCCAUUAUUUCGCCCGAGUCUUCGCGUUGUCAAUGGUGAAGAUGCUGCACCAGGUCAGUUCCCCCAUCAAAUUACCUACCAAUGGGGAUUUCGUGGCGUGCACGAACAUGUCUGCGGAGGAUCAAUCAUUUCCGAAACAUGGAUUCUCACAGCCGGCCAUUGUAUUACCGAAGUUCCUGAAGAUGGAGACCAUAUAGUCAUAGCUGGUAUUACCAACUUGUACGAAGAUACGACAGAAAAACAAACAAUAAACGUUACACGGAAAAUUGUUCAUCCUAAUUACGUUGGUGGCGUAGCACCCAAUGACAUUGCUCUUCUCCAACUUGAAAGUCCUUUGACGUUUGGAGAUUUGGUAAAACCUAUCGCUUUGCCAGAAGCUGGUAGUGUUGCCACUGGAGAUACCGUUUCGUCGGGAUGGGGCUCGAUUUCACCUACUAACUUUCCCCUGUCGCCUACCCAAUUGCAAACUGCUACCCUUCCGUUGGUGUCUUUUGAUGAAUGUAAUUCUGUUAUUGAAGCUCUACUCGGAGAAGAUGCAGAUAAUCCAUUGUCUGAAGAUUCAAACGUUUGCACCCUAUCAACUGCUGGAGUUAGUUCUUGCUCAGGUGACAGUGGUGGUCCACUGAUUCAGGAUAACAUCGUCCUUGGCAUUGUAUCUUGGGGUUUUGUGCCGUGCGGUUAUGAAGGAGCACCUUCUGUGUAUACCAGGGUCAGCAACUUUAUUGAUUUUAUUAACGAGUAUGUAACUGAUUUGCCUAAAUAA